UCGAAACUAAUGAUGCAACUUUAGCCGGACCUGAUGAAAAGAUGUCCGCCGCUGAAGAAAAGGAUCCCUUGGAGCUCAUGCUAAAAAAAACGGGGUGCAUUGAGCUACAUUACAAGGUGCAGGAGUGUAUAGCGGAGACCGGUGACUGGCGUGCAUGCCAGGACAGAGUGAAGGAAUUCAGGGCCUGCAUGCAGAAAUAUAUCGACCAGCAGAGUAAAAAGUAUGCCAACGUCAAGUAGCAUUCUGCAGAAGAUAAUCGGAACCAGA